AUGGAGCGAUCCGAUUGGCUGAGCUGCCUCCUCCCAGGCAGGUGGAGUCUCUUCAAGCAUCAUAUACACAACCCCGUCACCACUGACAACACUUCAUACGCAGAGGAGAUGUCUACCAGCACAAGUUUCAACCCAGCGGGAAUCAGACACGUUUUCAGGGGGACGUUCGUGCACUCGACCCCUCACUGCGCGCUUCAGAUCUUGGAAGAUGCUCUGGUAGGAGUGGACACGGAUGGGAAGAUUGCUUUUGUCGAAAAAGGCGAGGACCUGAGCAGAUUUGUUAUAGACUUCAAUCUAUCUGAUAUCAUCCAACUCUCCCAACAUGAGUUCUUUAUGCCAGGACUGGUGGACACUCACAUCCAUGCUGCACAGUAUAGCUAUGCAGGCACAGCUCUGGACCUGCCUCUGCUGCAGUGGCUGAACACAUACACGUUUCCUGUGGAAUCACAGUUCAAAGACUUAGACUUUGCACGGAAGGUCUAUAAACAAGUGGUGAAAAGAACACUGAGAAAUGGAACAACCACUGCAUGUUACUUUGCCACAAUACAUACCAACGCCUCUCUUCUGCUGGGAGAGAUUGCAAAUGAAUUUGGUCAACGAGCCUUAGUGGGUAAAGUGUGUAUGGACAGAAACCCGUCCGUCAAACACUACAAAGAAACUCUUCAUGAGUCUCAGGAGGAAACUUGUCGGUUUAUUGCAGAACUCUUGGAUAAAAAGUACCCUCUCGUGAAGCCAGUGGUCACCCCACGUUUCGCUCCAUCCUGUACUGGAGCUUUACUUGGGCAGCUGGGAGCCAUUGCCAAGAAUAACAACCUGCACAUUCAGAGUCACAUCAGUGAAAACCAAGAAGAAGUGGAGCUAGUAAAAGACAUUUUUCCAGAGUCUGAAUCUUACACUGAUGUUUACUACAAAUAUAACUUGCUUACUGACAAGACAAUAAUGGCCCACGGCUGUUACUUAAGUAAUGAGGAGUUGGCCUUAUUCAAAGAAACAGGAGCAUCUCUGUCUCACUGUCCCAACUCCAACAUCUCGUUGUGUAGCGGCAUACUGAAUGUACGUAAUGUCUUGAAGCACAAUGUAAAGUUGGGGCUUGGAACUGAUGUAGCAGGUGGAUAUUCGGCUUCUUUAUUGGAUGCUUUGAGGAGAGCACAAGACUCAUCCAAGGUUUUGGCCAUGCAAGACCCAGAGCUGGAGCCCCUAUCCUUUGAGGAGGCUUUCAGAUUGGCAACACUUGGGGGCAGCCAGGCAUUAUCACUGGAUGGCCAAAUAGGAAAUUUUGAAGUUGGCAAAGAUUUUGAUGCUCUGAGGGUGAAUUUGCUUGUGCCAGGGGGACCUAUUGAUCUGAUUCAACACGAAGAAGCAAAGGUACUUGUGGAGAAGUUCCUGAAUUUAGGGGAUGACCGUAACAUUGUGGAGGUGUUUGUGGCUGGCAGAAGAGUCGUCCCAUUCACAGAUUCAAAAUCUGACUGA